ACCAUUAGUGCUGUUCCUUAAGUUAGUCUCAUCACCUGUCUGUCUCUCUGUCUCUCUGUCUCUUGGCCUGUCUGUGUGUCUGUCUGGGCUUUUGGCUGCUAUGUUGGCUCGGGCGCUCCUGAAGACGUCGCUGCUGCUGUGGCUGGUGCAGAACAGCUUACAAGGAGGAGUCGGGCGUCCGACUGGAGGGCUGGGGAGACCGUUCCCUGGACAAGUAGUGGGAGUUCCCCAGAGCCGUGUCUAUACAGGAGGAAAGCCUGGAAAAGCAGGACCCGGUCGUUACCUUGGAGGAUACGCCCCCAGAUCUGGACUGAAACAAGGAUACGGAACUGCUCUCGGAGGAUACGGUGCCGGUCUGGGAGCAGGACUGGGACUCGGGAACGGCCUGGCAGGACGAGGAUACAAUAAUGGCUACAGAUAUCAGCCAGGUUACGGUGCUGGUGGCUAUCCGGCUGCUGCACGCGGUGCUGUAGGAAGAGGCACACCUACAGGAAGCGGCACUAAAGCCUCCAAACCGGGAUAUGGUGCAGGACAGGUGUCACCUGGUGGACCAGGGUUUACCAUCAACGGUAAUGGGGCUGGAGGAGGAUUGCCCAUUGUACAGAGGCAGAAAGUAAAUGGAUUUGGUCCAACACCUGGAGUACCGAAUGGAUACGGUGCUCUGAGUAACGGACGCAGUGUGAAGGGAGUUAAAGGAAAUGGUUACGGCCCACGGUCAGUCUCUAAUGGAGUCUCUAAUGGAGUCUCUAAUGGAGUCUCUAAUGGAGUCUCUAAUGGAGUUUUAGGAGGAGCUCCAUCCCGUGGAAACGGUGCCAAAGCGACUAAACAGGGAUACAGUCUCGGUCCCGGUGUGUAUCCUGGAGCAGGGCUGACUAACGGCUACAGAGCAGGUCUUCGCCCAGGCACAUACCCUCAAACUGGUCGAGUGGGCAAACAGACUGGUGUUGGCAAUGUAUAUGGCAUUAACGGAUAUGGCGAUGGCUAUGGCUAUGGAGCUGAGCUCGGCAAUGGUGCAGGGGUGGCUGAUGGAGCCCAUGCUGGGUUUGGAGCUGGAAGUUAUGGAGGUCCAGGACUAGGACCGACUGCUGGACUUGGUGCUGGACUUGAUGCUGGACUUGGUGCUGGACUUGGUGCUGGAUUUACCUCUGAGGCCAAAACUGCAAAAUAUGGUGGCGCUGGGCCGGGUUCGGUGAUUGGCACUGCUGCAGGUCAGCCCGUGGUUUCUGCUGGUCUCGGCACUGCAGGCAAAGUAGGAGGUUACGGUGGAUCUUAUGCGGGACAACCAGGUGGUCUGGGAGCAGACGCAGGCCUUGACGGAGGAGCUGGUCAGCUUCCCUACAAUGGAGCACCAGUCAUUCCGGCCGGACUGGACGGUGAUAAUGGCUAUCCGUAUGAAACGCAGCAGCUCAGUUUAGGAGGCAAUGGAGGCAACGGAGGCAAGCUGGCAUACGGUUAUGGAGCAGCUCUUGGUGCUGGAGGUCAAGGGCCGUACGGAGUUGCAGGAAAAGAUGGCAGAAAGUACGGUGCAGCUGGUUACUACGGUAACGGCAUUAAGGGCUGAUUUCCGGGCCUCUGAGGUGUGACCCAGUGUGCUGGUUUUUUUUUUCUUUCCCCCUUCGUCCUUCUUUGUGUUCUUCAUGAAUGUGCACAUUUGUGAGGUUUUCUGUUGUUGUGUGUUAGUGUCGAUUUGGUGCUGUCUUUGUGUCCAUGCAGUGAUUGUGAUGUGUUUUGUGUUUGUGAUUUUUUUAUGUUUAUUAUUUUAGGCUGAAGGUUUUGUCUCAUGUCCUUUCCUCGUCUCUGUGUCUAACUAAAACCUCUUGAGCACUACUGUUGGUUGUUAUUUCUUGGUUAAAUUCUUAUUAACACUAAAAGUAUCUCCUCACUCA